AUGUUUCAAACCGUUGAGAACGAAGACGGAGAAAUGUCGGGUGAAAAUUCAUCGACUGAUGACUUCAUCAAAAAUCUGAAACGAAUUAAUGAUAAUUUUGAAGAACAUCAUGUAUUUGGCCAUAUUGAUGUCGAUAAUAGAAAUCGGAUACAGGCCAUUUUCUGUGAGCGUUUUCACGAAUCGUCAGCAAUUCGUCAACAAAUCCUUCGCUUUUUGCGGAUUCUAGCGCGCGAUAAGCAAAAUUUAGAUCGGUUGUUAUCUCCUAGCAUGGUACAGAAUGUAUUUGGUGCUGGCCUCUUGGCUGAGCAGUCUUUUGAAUUUGAAUGGGAAUCAUUCAUCCAAGCUGAAAUGUGUCUCAUAAAUAUACUUUUCAACAGUAGUCUCGCGAGGAAUGAGUUUAAUGAAACUGUUUCAAAUCUGCUGCUUAAUCGAAUUAGACUGUUGAGCGAAACUCCAAGAAGUUCCUCUCGGCAGCAGGACACUGAUGACAUUUCAGUUACUUUCCAAGAUAUUACCAUUUCUGCAAAAUCAAAAAUUCCUGAAUUCCUAAUUAAAAUGCUAGAUGACGAGCAAAUAGAUUUAGUUGCUUUUUACGAUCUACGUAUUGCAUUUGUUGCAAGCGCACAAUCUAAGGAUUUACAGUUGCAGUGGUUAAAAAAUGGGUGUGACGUUUUCCUGAAAGUAUUGGAGCAAAGUUUACAUUUUCCGGGACGAUUGAAACAAAAUUCGCGUCGGAAUUUUGUAGAACACACGAAUUGGGCAUUAAAAGUUUUGUUUAAUAUAUUUUGCUAUUCAUGGGAUGAUUCUGCCGAAUGGAAUGCAAAGCAGUGCAUGUUAUUAUGCGCAAAAAUUGUCAUCUUAGAAAACGUUGACCCAUCUCUUGAGCAAUCCGCGAUAGAUGUAAUUGCAGUAUUGCCAUUAUCAUACGAAUGGUUGGCACCGAAAUUACAGGACACGGAGAUAGAGAAAAAUGAUACAAGUAUAGUCCAUGGCGGACGUGACAUGACUUUUGCGGAUGCUGUAUUGCGUGCUUUAGAACGACGAUUGGAAGAGGAAAAUAAUGAGGUAAACGAGCUUCUUGGCACAUUUUUAACCGUUUUGAUACGUUUGAGUUCUCAAGUGAAAGAGGCGCGACGUUAUUUACGUUUACUGGUUAUUCCACCACUUCAUGCUGCCGAUGUUGAACGACGACCGGAUGAUGGUGCUGAAUUGCGCAAUCGUAUGAUACGCUUGAUGAUGAGCAUUUCGAACACUCAGGACUUGGCAGCUGAAUUCAUUUUCAUUUUAUGUAAAAAAAGUGUUAACCGUUUCGUGAAAUAUUGUGGUUUUGGACAUGCAGCUGGUUUGUUGGCUAAUCGUGGCAUCUUAAAUACUAUGAAUACCCCGAAACAUCAAUCGGAUAGCGAAGCUUCAGAAACGGAAGAUUAUAAAGCAGUUGAAACACAGGUAAAUCCAGUAACUGGUUGCAUCGAGCUUAUGGGAGAAAAUCCGUUCGCUGGGAUGAGUGAAGAACAAAAGGAAUAUGAGGUGCAUCGGUUGAUGAAUGAUAUUGAUAAGCUGAUGAAUCAAGGACUGAUAACUCCAGGACAAAUCGGAAAAGAUGGACAAUUAUCGCCUGUAAAACAUGUGCUGGAGCUUGUCAAAGAUUGUGAUGCUGAACCUGAUAAAAGUGAUAGCGAAGACGGUGUUGGAUCCUAA